CCCAGUGCCCGCCCGGCCCCGCUCCGGUGCGCAGCUCCGAGGCCGGCGAGGUGCGGGUUGCCCCCGGCACGCCGAGCCCCUCACCGCCGCCUCCGGGCGCCUCCGGGCUGCGGGGAACGGGGCUGGGGAGGAGGAUGCGGAGGAGCGGCAGCGGAGGGGAGAAGCGCUGCGUGUUGCUCAGCGGCACUUAGGAGCGGGGGACAUGGCCCUGGCGCUGUGGCUGUGGCUGGCAGCCCUGCUGGGCUCAGCCCGGGCGUGCCCCGAGCCCUGCGCUUGCGUGGAUAAGUACGCCCACCAGUUCGCCGACUGCGCCUACAAGGAUCUCCAGGUGGUGCCCACUGGGCUGCCCUCCAACGUGACCACCCUCAGCCUGUCGGCCAACAAGAUCACGGCGCUGCAGCGGCGCUCCUUCGUGGAGGUGACCCAGGUGACGUCCCUCUGGCUGGCGCACAAUGAGAUCCGCGCCAUCGAGCCCGGCGCCUUCGCCAUCCUGGUGCAGCUGAAGAACCUUGACAUCAGCCACAACCAGAUCGUGGACUUCCCCUGGCAGGACCUCUACAACCUCAGCGCCCUCCAGCUGCUCAAGAUGAACAACAACCACAUGGCUGUGGUGCCUCAGGGGGCUUUCCACACCCUGAAGGACCUGCGGUCUCUGCGCAUCAACAACAAUAAAUUCACCACGCUCGCCGAAGGCAUCUUCGACUCGCUCAGUUCCCUGUCCCAUCUGCAAAUCUACAACAACCCCUUUGAGUGCUCCUGCAAGCUCCAAUGGCUCAAGAAGUGGAUGGACAGCACGCUCAUCUCCAUCCCGGAGAAGGAGUCCAUCACCUGCAACCUCCCGGAGCAGCUCCGUGGGGUGCCGGUGGGGAAGAUCCCGGACACACAGUGCACCUCGCCCUCUGUGCAGCUCACCUACUACCCCAACCUGGACACCACGGAGCUCUUUGAUGGCUUUACCUUGACGCUGCACUGUGCCGUGACGGGCACUCCACCACCCGAAGUCAGCUGGAAGAUCCGCACCUCCAGCCAGACCCUGGAGCUCAGCGGCAGCCCGAGUGAGAGCGCGGGGAAGGACCCCCCCAAACAGGACCCUGAGCGCUUCUUGGUCUUCAAGAAUGGCACACUGGUGAUUCCUCACCUGAGCAAGAAGGAGGAGGGCACCUACACCUGCCUGGCCACCAAUGAAAUGGGGAGCAACCACACCUCAGUCAACGUGGCUGUGGCUGGAGCCCAGAAGUACCCACUGCAGCCCGGCAGGGACCCAACGGGGGGCAAAGCACAGCCAGGUGACAAGAAGCCUGGAGCCAAGGGAGCAAAGAACAGCGUGCUCACACCUGAUGAGAGGAGCAAACCCCUCAGCCCCACCCGGCAGAGCCAACCAUCCUCAGCGGCUGGGAUGGAGCCCACGGGAGAUGGAAAAGUCCCCUUCCAGCUUCCUCCCUUUGAGAAGAAGUGUGGCUCCAUGCCAACCAGCAGAUACAUUUCCAACCAUGCCUUCAACCAGAGCGGUGACUUCAAGCAGCACACCUUCGACCUGGGUGUGAUCGCCUUGGAUGUGUCGGAGCGUGAUGCCCGGGUGCAGCUGACACCCACCUACGUGCAGCCCGACAAGGUGCACCUGAGGAUGCUCUACCUGUGCCAGGAGAGCAGCCGUGGCCACGCCUUGGUGCAGUGGUCCAAGAUCGAGGAAGGAGUGAACUCAUACUGGUUCCAGGGCUUGAAGCCUGGCACCAACUACUCGGUGUGCCUCACCUACCUGGGGGAGGACUGCCAGGUCCAAGUGGUCUUCACCACCAAAAAGGAGAUCCCCUCUCUCAUCAUCAUUGUGGUUGUGAGCAUCUUCCUGCUGCUCCUGGCCACCCUCCCCCUGAUGGGUGCCACGUGGUGCCACCUCCUCUCCAAGUACCAGGGCAAAACCUACAAGCUGAUCAUGAAAGCCCAGAACCCAGACCAGAUGGAGAAGCACAUGGCUGCCGACUUUGACCCCCGCACCUCCUACCUGGAGUCUGAGAAGAAUUACAACCCCAGCGAGGUGGGGGAAGGGGACCCAGAGGAAGAGGACGAGGAUGAGGAGGAUGAUGAUGAAGGAGGCAGGCGGAGGAGGAGGAGAGAAGCCGAGGGGACCACAGAGCUGGAGCGGGAGGAGAGUGUAGCAGCCAGCUCCAUGGCGGAGUCGCAGUCCAAAGCCAAUGGUGAGGAGUUUGAGGUGCGCUCCGAGUACAGUGACAAGCUGCCGCUGGGCGCCGAGGCUGUCACCAUCUCCCAGGAGAUCAACGGGAACUACCGGCAGCGUCCCCACCUUUGGGGCCGGGAGCGGGGGAGGAGGGGCCGCCUUGUGUUUUUUUUUCCUCGCGAUCCUCGGCGAGGCGAGAAGCUGGAGCGGGUCGGUGCCAUGGAAAACAAAAGGGCCCGGGGGAGCGGGAGGGGGGGAGGAGAAGCCGGGUGCGGGCCGAGGGAGCCGCAGCCGCCAGCCCGGAGCAGCGGCGGGGAGCGAGGGGCGCUCCGUCCCCGGGAAACCAGCGGAGGAAGGAUGGGGCCGCUGCUGUGCUGCCUGGGCAUCGCUGCGCUGCUGUGCCGCGGGCUGGCCUGUCCCGGGCCCUGCUCCUGCUCCCCCAAGAAGAACGGGCGCCUGCUGGCCGAGUGCGCCUACAAGGAGCUGCCUGAGGUGCCGCGGGGACUGUCCCCCAACGUCACCAUCCUGACGCUGUCGGCCAACCGCAUCGGCUGGCUGCAGCGCGGCGCCUUCGCCGAGGUGCCCGAGGUGCAGUCGCUGUGGCUGGGCUACAACCAGAUCAGCGGCGCCGAGCCGGGCACCUUCGCCACGCUGGCACAGCUGAAGAACCUGGACCUGAGCCACAACAAGAUGGCCACCUUCCCCUGGCAGGACCUGCGCAACCUGAGCGGGCUGCAGAUCCUCAAGCUGAACAACAACCGGCUGGCGGGGCUGCCCCGUGACGCCUUCCAGGCGCUGGCGGAGCUGCGCUCAUUGUGGCUCAAUGACAACCAGCUGACCACGCUGGCCGACGGCACCUUCCACCCGCUGCCCUCGCUGUCCCAGCUACAGCUCUUCAACAACCCCUUCAACUGCUCCUGCAAGCUCUUCUGGCUCAAGCGCUGGGCUGAGAGCACCUCGGUGUCCCUCACCAAGGGUGGUUCCACGCUGUGCGCGGCCCCGGGGCGGCUGCGGGGCCGGGCGGUGACCGACAUCCCGGCGCACCAGUGUGUGGCCCCGUCGGUGCAGCUCACCUACCUGUCCAAACUGGACAACACGGUGCUGCCCGAUGGGCUGACGCUCAGCCUGCACUGCAGCGUGGCGGGCAGCCCCCUGCCCCAGAUCCGCUGGAAGAUCCAGACCCCCGGGCGCGGCGUUGAGAUUGACGGGCCCAAUGUGGCACGGGAUGGGAGCCUCUCCCCAUCUGGGCGUGUCAAACAGAGCCAGGAGCGCUUCUUGGUCUUCAAGAAUGGCACCAUGGCCAUCCCCAAGUUCAGCAAGGAGGAUGAAGGCACCUACACCUGCAUCGCCAUCAACGAUGUAGGCACAAGAGAGGUGUCGGUCAACGUGGCCUUGGCCGGGUCAGAGAAUCCAGCUGAAGGCCUGCUGCAGGAUGACCCCCAUGCCAGCCCCCUGGGGGGACGGAGCUGCUACAAGGGCGAUGAGAUGGAUCCCGUCGGUGCUGGGGAGAAGCUGGUCAUUGUCUACCACGUGCCAGGGGAGGUGAAGGGCACGGCUGGAGGAGCUGUGCCCCGGCUUGGGCUGGUAACCUUGCUGCUGGCCUUGGGCAUUGCACUGGGCUGGUGAAGGGGAGCAGGGACUGGUGCUGGGGUCCCCCUUCUUUCUGUAUCAUUUAUCUUCACAUAGUGCCACAUGUUUGCUGAGCUUUUGGAACUGCUGACGGGUGCCAUAGCAGCCGAGAGCCGAGCCCAGGGCUGGUCUGACCCCUACAUACAUGGGGGCAGGGCUGGAGCUGAGAGCUCCACACAGGCUUGGGUGAUGUAGGGCAGAUCCGCACCGUGCUGUUGCUGCAGGGCCAGGCAGCCUUGGAGUGGGGUCCUUUAGGGGACAGAGGCAGUGCAGUGCCUCUGUGCGUGAUUGAUAUGGUAGAGGAGGUGCAGAGCACCCGGUACCAGGCAUGGAUCAGGCCAGUUCGGGGAGAAGACAAAGCAGGGAACUGGUUGGGUGAGGGACUAUCCGUGGUGUCUGCAUCCUCCUUGUGCCCAGGACCAGGCCCUGCCACCCUCAUUGCCUCACACAGCUGUGAUGCAGAUGUUUUCCCCUCCAUUCAUCACCAGAGCCCACAGCCCAAACCCCUCAGCCGGGCUGGUCCCACCGAGCUGCGCUGCUCAACCCCACGGCUUCAGCAGGGAGGAACAGAGACCAAAGAGACCACAUGAAACCAAUUACCCCGAAGUGCCUUACAUCCCUCUGUGGGACAUCCACGCCGUGCCCCCGGUGCUGUGGGCUCAUGGUGGGACCGCCGAGCAUCCCGCAUGUUUUCUGCUAGCACGCGCCUGCAGGAGCCAUGCAGACUCCUGCAGCCUUGUAACCAAAGCUGUGCCACCAGCCGUGUACCAAGCACAAUAAAUACCUUUUGUAAACCA